AAUUUCAGCCAAUAAAUUGGGCUAAUUUACAGAUAAUCCCAUGUGAUCCACGUGAGGCUCUUUUAAAGUCAGCUAUAACGUUAACACAAGCAACUCUAGAGAUUAGAGAAGCCUCACCAAACUUUGACCAAAAUCUUCUCUCUUCUCUUUAUCUUUGGUGGUAAGAUGAGUACAGAUCCCAAAGUUCAUGUCUUUGAGGAAGUUGCAAAGCACAACACUAAAGAUGAUUGUUGGUUGAUUAUUUCUGGGAAGACCUAUAACGUGACUUCAUUUCUAGACGACCAUCCUGGUGGUGAUGAUGUCUUACUCACUGCAACUGGGAAGGAUGCAACUGAUGAUUUUGAAGAUAUAGGUCACAGUGAUACCGCGAGAGACAUGUUGAAGAACUAUUAUGUUGGUGAUAUUGAUGUUUCCACCAUCCCAACGAAAAAUAAGCCUAUAAAAUCUCAACCUCCCCGGGAUACUGCACAAACCAACCAAACAUCUGGGUUCCUCAUCAAGUUCUUGCAGUUCCUCCUGCCUUUGAUCAUUCUAGGUUUGGCAUUCGGCUUGAAGAACUUCAAGAAAGAGUCGAGUAGCUAGGUUCUUAUGCUCAACCAGUGGAACACAAAUAUUGAUGUGACGCGAACCCUUUUGAUCUGGUUGGACCUUAUCUUUGAUCGUUUAUUGGCUUCCUCAAUUUGAUUGCAAUUUUAUUCUGUUGCAUUUAAGUUGUUGGACUUUUGUCCAUUCUUUGUAUUCAUAGUGAUGGAUUUGAGGUAAAAAUGGGGAAUGCUAUCUGUACUGGUGUAACCUUGUACUGAGAGUGUGACCUUUGGAAUGAUAGUUAAAAAUAAUUUAGUACUA